AUGCCUUUACUCGUGGAGCGUCCGCGUCCGUCGCAAGAGGCGCUCCUCCGCCUAGAAAAAGGUAGCGGUGCUCCGGGUACCCAACUUCACGAGGCAGCGCAGAUUAUUGGCAUCGACCUCUCUCUCUGCGAAAGCCACCCUGAAGUUCAUCGAGAUGGCCAGGUUACGACGAAUCCUACCCCCAAGGAGGAAUGGGUGCUCCGGUGGUUGUUGAAAAAGCUUCGGAUGGGGAAGAACUAUCGCGUGGAACCUGCGUCGUUUUUACUCCUGCGACAACUGAUCGAUAUGAUUUCACCGAAGAAUCUCGCGACCAUCAUGAAAGACCAGAAGUUUCUUACAAUUAUUUGCGAUACGGUAGCAGAUCUUGAGGUUGAUAUUGGAACAGCUGUGGGGCAGGGUUUGGCUAUUCCCAGCAUAGAGUCCGAUUCCAGUCACACUCUUUCUAGUUCCUCAGCACAGGAGGAGCAGAUGGGAUUUCAGGGGACAAAGCGAAAGAGGGCAAAUACUGGGAAUGAGGCAGAUGCUAUGGAUCUCGACAACCCGCCGCAAACCCCCUCAUCGUGCUUUCUCACUUUCCUUCGGGUGCUGGACUGCUUGUAUGGGGUUAUUACACUGGCUCAACAUACGAUUAGCAUGGACGAUGUUGCGAGCUCUCACCUCAAGCUCGUCCUAAGGGGCGAGCCAGACGUAAUUGCGGUGUUACUUGGGCGAUCAUUGGAAUUGGGGGCCGUGGCCAUCACGCAGUUUUCUCAUGCGGGGACAACGACAGAUCUGCAGCACCUGCUCUAUGUAUUUCCAGCAAUGGUCGAGCUGUGGGAGUCAAGAUCGCAUCGCCAGGAUGACACUGACAACAAUACCAGCAACGAGUGCUUCGCGAAGUCGAGCUUUGCCCAUGCGCUCAGACUGCAAUUCUGCUUGCGGGGUAUCAACCUCGACACGGAUGAAAGGGCUUACCUUCUCCACGCCAUCGAACGCAUUGUUGCUAUUCAUGUUCUACUCCCAGCGCGUGCUGCAUUCUUCGAGAAUGGGGGCUCUGGCAUCGAUUACUCUAAAGAGGAGCCUGAUUGGAAUGCUGUGGAACCCGUCACUGGUACCCUAAGGCCCAUCAUACGCGAGAAAUCGCAUGUGGAAGGCUCGCAAGAAGAGAUGGGCGUCCUUUACCGAUCUAUUGAGCUUCUUCCGGAGCUUUUUGAUACUGCCGUUCGAGCAGUUCCGCGGGAUGAUUUUCGCCGGCAAGCGCGUGAAGCCCCCUGGUUGGAGACACUAUUUGUCGCUGUGGCCGAGUUGGCAUACUCGAACGCGAAGGAAGAUGACCCAGCUCAUUACAACUCUCAUUUCGUGUCUAUCCUUGAGCGACUCCUCCAGGUGGCUCUGGAAAGAAACGUUGGCUUAUCUCUUCACACCAUUCUUACGCAUGCGAGAUUCACAGGGCUCUUCGAGGACAGCCUAGACCAAGUCCAAUGGGCCGUCACGGCACUGGUCAUCAGCCUUGGGGUUGAUGUCUUUUUGCCCAACUCCGGUCUCCGGGACGCCCGCAACCUGCUUGAGGCUUUGCUCGAUAAGGUCAUGCUCCAAUGGCGUACCAAUAUCACCGGUGACACUGAAACUUACGAUGUUAUCAAGUACGAUAUCAUCAUACCACUCCUGCGUGGCUUUGCAGCUGCAAGAGACUUGUCUGCGUUUGUCGAUAUAUGGCAUAGCCAGCUUCUCACCCUACAAGAAGCUCGGAAUGGCAACAGUAAAUUACCUCUUUUUUCUGUUUGGGAAGAUGAUGACUUGUGCGAUGCGUACAGCGAUGCGCUUCGUACCUCCCUCAUCGGAAAUACCUUUGCGAAUCAGAUGCGAGCUGCCGCAUCUGAAACACGCAACGCCGAUGGCCAGAUUUCCGACACCUCCAAUUCUUAUUCCCAUUUCGUCAUUGCGGAGGCAGGUCUCCGUGGGCGAAGCUUAUCUUUUACAGAUUCCGAUAAGACUCUUGGCCUGCUUGUGGGAAGUAUUACGUCUACGCUUUCUUCAAAACAGGUCUUACAUUGGCGCUGGCGCUUAUGGCGACUUCUGCGAAAUCUUCUACAAAACACCUCCCGCGUUGAUGUAAUGACACAGAAGAGCGGAUCCGUGGUUGAGAUUGCCGCGAAGACUAUCCAUCGCAACCAUAAGAACUUGAGCAAAGCGCCCCUUGCGCAUCUUGAGUCUUGGGAAGCAUUCCGAUCAGCAUUAGCCGCCAUACAGGCCGACCCUAACGCCGAGCAACUCGAGUCAUUUGCCCAAAUCAUCAGAAAUGCCACUGAACUUCUUGUCUCGGUCUCAUCCAAAGAUGCGCAGUCUUCGAUGAAAGCGCCUUGGAAUGGUCGUAUUGAUACUUUGCUGUCUUCGAGCACUCUAGGCUUGGCUUAUAUCCUGGCUCUAGUCAGGCUGCCAGUGCUUUGGGAUCGAAUUGCAUCUGAGGACCGCUCUCGCCUGCUCAAGCAUCUUUCUGUACUGGCCGCUGCCCAGUACCACUCGUCAGUAUUGCCUUUGGAAGCUGCAGCAGACGAUGCGCGCUUCCUUCAGGCGUGGGCAAUUAUCGUUUGCCAUGAGUAUCUGCUCAGUGUGCCAUCUCUUGUUCCUGACGUGACCCUCCUCCUCAACAAGAAUAUCGAGCAGGACCCAAUCAAUCGCCGACUGUAUGUGGAGAGCUUGCAACGCAUCCCAGCAGCGUUAAUUACUCGGGGUCUUCGGACUGCUCUUUUGGACACCCUGCACAGCGUUGUGUUACAGCAGGACAGCUCGUCUGAGAUCACUGUUGGUAUUUUGACUAUGAUGGCGAAGUUGGCGGCGAUGCCUAAAUGUGACGCGACCCUGACUGCUGACUGGGAACCGAUCUGGGCCGAAGCUCGAGCUAUUUCCCUUGAGGGCACCGACCUGGAUCUCCAAACUAUGAAAGCCUUCCGGAGUCUUCAUCGCGCAAUCAUCUCUAAACUUCUAGUUCUGUCAAAAGAUGACCGAAAUGCCAUGUUCAAGAAACUCUUUUCCAGGGUCUCUAAGCAGGCUGCCAAGUUGAGACAGAUCGAUCGUGAUUCGAUGACGUGUUUUCUCUUGCGUCUGUCUCUGUCUGAGUUGUGGCUACACCGAGGACAGCUUCAAAAGGCCUUCCCUGAGAAUGAACUCGCUGCAUGUCGCGAACGCGUUUUUGGCUUGGUGUUGGCGGAUAUGAAAUCUGUCAAGGACCAAUGCCGGAAGCAGCAGCUUGAGGAGACCAUAACCCUUAUCAAGACCAUUGAUGCGCUUGAAGAUUUCGAAGAUAUGGCAACGAACAACAUCGAAGUGGAAAAGUUCCUAUCAAAGAUCGAACAUUACAUGGCAAUGUCAAUUGACUCUGAGCCAUCUCGACUCAUUCGCCGGCGUCUCCUUGCUUCCAAAGGCCCCGAGACAAGCAUCACUGGGCCUGUUCUUCAAUGCGCCGAGACCUUAACACUCCAGUCUUUAUAUGCUGAGGAUCAGCAGCUGUUUAUCAGAGCGACCACCGAGCGGUUCCGUGCCAUGCCUCUUACGAGAAUCACCCAGUCAAUUCGCGAGGUCCGGAAUCUCGGUUUGACAGGCAAUGGUGCCGGAUAUCGGCUCUUAGUCCUUUACCUCGCCAUUAUCUCGUUGGCGCCAGUUGAAAACAAGGAAAGCCCCGUAGCCCACGAACUCUCGCUCCUUUGCAGUGAUCUCGCUGAAGCGAUGACGCGCAGUACUUCAAUCGACCAAUUCUGCUUUGCAGCCGAGUGUCUGACUCUCCUCCUGCGCGUCCACACUCGCAGUCUGGCACAGUGCAACAUUGACACCAUCCUCGCCGCAAUUGCAACGUCCGCCUCGAAAGCCGGCCCACGCAUCUCGCCUUCCUACUCAGCCACAAUCUACACUCGUCUCUGCCGCUUGAUGGGCGUCGUCCUCGGUUUGCAGCGAGUCAAAAUCGGCGGCCGGUUCCACCUCGUCGUCAACGCUAUGCAGCGUCUCCUCGGUUGCCUGUUCGCACGAUCUCGUAAGCGCGCUCGCUCAUCCCGCUUCCAACCCUCAUCCCUCUCCCAGCCUUUUUGGCUUGCCCCUCUGCAGCCCGCCCAAUGCUCCUUCUACACCCGCCUCCUCACCACCCUCAGCGAUCCCACCGUGUCCGCCGUUUUGCGGCCUCAGCCCGGCGCUUCCCGAGAAGCCCUCAUCGACGAGACGAAGAAGGCCAAGCGCAUCGCCGGUCAGUACCUGCAGUAUGUGAUCAUGGAGUAUGCGCAGUGUGCAUUGCGCGGCUCGCUUGCUCCAGACGUCAAGGUCUCACUUAUGCCGGGUAUGUACGCCGCGCUGGACGUUAUGUCGCGGGAGUCGCUGCGGGCGCUGAAUGCAGGGCUCGAUGGCUCCGGUCGCGCGGUCUUCAAAUCGCUCUAUGAUGACUACGUGAGGUUUGGGAAAUGGAACAAAGCAUAA